CUGGGUUUCUUGUUUUUGCCUCAUUGUAUUUUUGCUUUCUUGAUCAAUUGAUGGAGGAAGAAGAUCAAGGACAGAAGAAGUUUGUAUGCAAGGUUUGUAGCAAGAGUUUCUUCAGUGGGAGGUCCUUGGGAGGCCAUAUGAGGUGUCAUUUAGUCACAAAUUCAGCUAAAAAACAUGAAGAUCAUCACAAUGGUACUACUACCACCAUGGAUUUGGAAGGUGGUGAUGAUGAUUGUUACGGGCUUAGAGAGAACCCUAAGAAAUCUUGGAGGGUUUCAGAUGAAAAACAGAGUAUUACUGCAAUUCAAGAAAACCAUUGCAAACAAUGUGGCAAAGAGUUUCCCUCAGUGAGAGCUCUGUCUGGUCACAUGAGAUGUCACUCAAUUAAAUCAAGAAUUGAAAAUGUUUGCAAACAAUGUGGCAAAGGUUUCUCUUCGAUGAAAGCUCUGUUUGGUCAUAUGAGACAUCACUCCAAAAGAUCAAGGGUCGAGAGCCAAUCAGACCAUCAAUCAACCUUGAGGUACAAGAUUAAUGGGAAUCUUCAUUUGCCUAAUUUGAAUGCAUCUUGUUCAUAUGUUUCUGAGAUUGAUGAAGUAGAAGAGGCUGCUAUGUGUUUGAUGAUGUUGUCUCGGGAUGUGAGAAACCGGGUUGAGUUUGAUUCGGUCAUGGAGGCCUCCGAGAAUUUCGCUGUACCGUUUGAAGCUAAAGCAUUGCAUCAAAGUAAGGAUGAUGAUGACACUCGGAAGAUCAAGAAACCGAGAAAGAAAUUGGAUUCUUGUUUAUCAUGUUCUGGGAAUUCUUUGUUUGAAAAGAAUGAAUCUGAAUUUGGUGAUUUGGAUUCUGGGUUUAUGAGCAAAAAUGAAAAGAACUUUGAAUUGGGACUUUCCAUUGAAGGGUUUCACAAGGGCGAUGAAUCAAAGAAUACUGAAGCAAAUUCCAAGAUUGAAUGCUGCAAUGAGAAUUCAGUUGAGCAAAUCCAAACCUUGAAGAACAAGGACUACGAUUGCCCAAUCUGCUUCAAGGUUUUUCCAUCAGGCCAAGCAAUGGGAGGUCACAAAAGGGCUCACUACAUUGGAAUACUCUCUGAAAACAAAAACAAAGAGAGUGUGUUAGCAAAGCAAGAGUUUCCUAAUAUUCAAAAUGUGUUUGAUCUUAACCUCCAAGUUACUCUUGAAAAUGAGAUCAACGAUGAUGAUGGUGUUGCAUUCAAGCCAUGGUGGGUUGGAAGUGAUCACGAGCCCGAGCCGCUGGUGAUCUCGAAUUGAGCAAACUGAUUCCCUCCUUGGUUACCAUGAAAUUUUGGGGUGUACAGACAACUAGUUGGAGGAUAUUACAGGUUUUAGGAUGAUUGUUGAGCUACAAACGUGGAACCCAAACACAUAAAUGAAUAGUGAAUACAUAUGAAUAGAUAAAUUUUUUCUGAAUUUGUUGGUGGAGUCCACUUUAGAAAAAUCUUGUCUAUUCAUAUAAUAGAAUGUGUCCGGAGUAUUUGUAGGCUUAUUCAUAAGAUGACCUACUUAGACGUAAAUUUUCUUUCCCUUUUGUACUCGUACCUUGUAAGUAGCAACUACUCCCAUUCCAUCUUGUGUGUGUGUUCC